UCUUUCACUCGUGAAGGACGCCUCCUCUUUCUCUGUCUAUUUCUCUCUAGUCUUGUGAAGAAUCAUAAAGAAAUGGAGAGCAUCGGCGGUGACGAGGAUCUUAAUCGGCCGUUGCUACAGGAAUCAAAGGGCGUGGUUGUAGAUCCGGAGAAAGAAAAGCUUGCAUCAAGGGUGUGGAUUGAAUCGAAAAAACUAUGGCACAUAGUGGGUCCCUCCAUCUUCAGUCGGGUCGCUUCUUACUCCAUGAACGUUGUCACUCAAGCCUUCGCCGGCCACCUGGGUGAACUGGAGCUCGCUUCAAUCUCCAUAGCCAAUACUGUCAUCGUUGGCUUCAAUUUUGGCCUCUUGUUAGGCAUGGCAAGCGCACUAGAGACGCUGUGCGGGCAAGCCUUUGGAGCAAAGAAGUAUCACAUGUUGGGGAUAUACAUGCAAAGGUCGUGGAUUGUUCUUUUCUUAUGUUGUUUUCUGCUAUUACCAUUCUACGUGUUCGCCACCCCGCUUUUGAAGUUGCUGGGUCAACCGGACGAUGUGGCGGAGCAGUCAGGAUUGGUGGCUUUAUGCUUGAUUCCGUUGCACUUCAGUUUUGCGUUUCAGUUCCCGUUGCAGAGGUUCUUGCAAAGCCAGCUGAAGACAGGAGUCAUCGCCUGGGUUUCUUUGGUGGCGUUUGUGAUUCACGUGUUCAUUAGCUGGCUUUUCGUUUACAAACUGGAAUUUGGUAUAAUUGGCACCGCAAUUACUCUCAACUUCUCCUGGUGGAUAUUGGUUUUCGGAAUGUUGGGGUAUACCGUGUGCGGUGGGUGCCCACUUUCUUGGACCGGAUUCUCCAUGCAGGCCUUUUCUGGGCUCUGGGAGUUCGUCAAACUCUCUACUGCUUCCGGAGUCAUGCUAUGCUUGGAGAAUUGGUAUUACAGGAUUCUAAUUUUGAUGACUGGGAACUGGAAGAAUGCCGAGUUGGCCGUGGAUGCCCUGUCGGUCUGCAUGACAAUCAAUGGGUGGGAAAUGAUGAUUCCUCUUGCCUUUUUUGCAGCAACCGGGGUAAGGGUUGCCAAUGAGCUAGGAGCUGAGAAUGGUAAGGGGGCAAAUUUUGCAACCAAGGUGUCCGUGGCGACUUCUUCAGUGAUUGGUUUUGUGUUCUUCCUACUUAUCAUUGUAUUUCAGAAUCAGUUGGCAAUGAUAUUCACAUCUAGCACUCCUGUGCUUGAACAAGUUGACAAGCUCUCCUUCCUCCUAGCGAUCACCAUUCUCCUCAACAGCGUUCAACCAGUUUUAUCAGGGGUGGCUGUUGGGUCGGGAUGGCAGGCAUGGGUCGCAUAUAUAAAUUUAGGAUGCUAUUACAUCAUUGGGCUCCCGCUUGGAAUUGUGAUGGGCUGGGUUUUGCACUUUGGUGUUGCGGGCGUGUGGGGUGGGAUGAUUGUUGGCGGGACUGCUCUUCAGACCUUGAUAUUAUCCAUCAUGACAAUGCGAACCAAUUGGGAAAAGGAGGCCGAGAAAGCUAAGGCGGAUGUACAAAAGUGGUCCGCUCCUAGUCCAGUUGAUGAAUCCUAGAUAUGAUAGUAUUGAUGGUGGAGGAAUUGUAUUCCCCAGCUACGGUUAAUCCUAUACACAAUGAGUUUAUUUAUUCAUUUUUUCUUCUUCAUGAUUUUGUGGGAUAAAAUCAUGCAUAUUAUGAUUCAUGAUAUUUGUCUUUAAAUUAUAUUACACGGAAAUUAUGUUGAUGA